UUUUUUUGCAUAGCUGUUGGUCAAGCUAAUACAGAAUGGUAUUUGAAUCCUGUAACACGUGAACUUAAAGAUCAGAUGCCACCUCAUCCAUGUGUAUUUGUUAAUGAACCAAAAUUACUUGAUCUUAAAAUGAUUCUUAUUCGACAACAUGGACUUAAAGCUGAAUUUGUUGGUGGAGUCCUUACAUGUGAAGAUACUGUAGCUAUCAAACGAAACGAAGCAGGUAAAAUCAUUCUUGAAGGUGCACUAUCCGAUACAUAUUACAAAGUCCGACGAAUCUUAUAUGAUCAAUAUGCAAUUUUGUAA